UCCCCAAAUCAUCAUCUCUGAUUCAUGAUUUUGUUAUUAAAAUUAUACGUAAACACCUAUAUAUAUCUAUCUAUCUCAUCUCCCCGGUGGGCGCCCACCGUCUCACCACCGCAUCUCCGUCACUAUCGCAAUCAUUCACUCUACACAAUUAAAUCAAAUGAAACACCUAAUAAAUUCAUAUAUUGAUAAUAUGACAUGAUCUGUAUAUAUAUAUAUAUAUAUAUAUAUGAUUCAAAUUCAAUUUACACUUGCUCAAUGGCUACCCAUAUGUUAUAUUUACUAAUUAAUGUAAUACUUAUUACUAUUAGUGGAUUCACAUAUCCGAAAUUUGUAAUUUCCUCAUCAAGUGUUAACGAAUCGUUGAUUUUUGAGUUAUUUCACGGAGAUUACUCGCCGCCCUCGCCACCACCGCCGUCUCCGCCGCCACAUCAGCCGUCGCUAUCAUGCGAAAGUGAUUUACGAGGUACGGGUAGUUUAGAUAGUGUAUGUGAAGUGAAUUCUAGUUUGAUAUUUAUAAAUGAUGUGUAUAUAGAAGGGAAAGGGAGUUUGAUUAUAUCGCCUAGGGUUAGAAUUAGUUGUGCUGUGGCUGGAUGUUUGAUUGUGGUUAAUGUUAGUGAUGAGUUUAGGUUAGGGUUGGAUUCGGAGGUCGUAGCUGGGACGUUUUAUUUGACGGCGGGAAAUGUUACAUUUGAUGAAGGUUCGGUUUUGAAUGUUACUGGUUUGGGUGGUGAUCCUCCUGAGUAUACGAGUGGCAGCCCGAAAGGUGUGUUGGGAGGUGGCGCAGGGCAUGGUGGGAGAGGUGCUUGCUGUGUUGCAGAUAAUACCAAGUUACCGGAGGAUGUUUGGGGCGGUGAUGCCUAUGGGUGGUCGGAUUUGGGAGAACCGUACAACUAUGGGAGUCGUGGCGGGACGACAAGUAAGGAAGAGGAUUAUGGUGGAGAAGGAGGUGGGAGGGUUUGGGUCGAGGUGGUAGAUGUUGUUCAAGUUUACGGGGGGAUUUUUGCCGAUGGUGGCAAUGGCGGGGUUAAAGGUGGAGGAGGGUCUGGUGGAAGCAUAUUCGUGAAGUCCCGGAAAAUGACAGGUGGUGGCAUCUUAAGUGCAUCUGGAGGUAAUGGAUUUGCUGGAGGUGCGGGUGGAAGAAUAUCUGUUAACGUAUUCAGUAGGCAUGAUGACCAAUCAAUUUUUGCUCACGGAGGAGAAAGUUAUGGCUGUCCUGCAAACUCGGGUGCUGCUGGGACCUUUUAUGAUGCAGUUCCACGAAGGCUCAGAGUUAACAACCAUAACAUGUCAACAGAUACAAACACACCUCUAUUUGCAUUCCCGAAUCAGCCCCGCUGGACCGGUGUUGAAAUUCAAGAGUAUGCUAAAGCUGCUGUUCCUCUGCGUUGGAGUCGUGUGCAGGUUCAAGGAACACUUAGUUUGUCAGCCGCUGCUGUUCUAAGCUUUGGUCUUCCUCAUGAUGCUGUGUCGGAGUUUGAACUAAUGGCAGAAGAACUUCUAAUGAGUGAUUCUGUUAUCAAGAUAUAUGGGGCUUUACGAAUGUCUGUUAAAUUGCACUUGAUGUUGAAUUCCAAAAUGAUUAUAGAUGGCGAUGGAGAGGGUGAUCCGAUAAUUGCCACUUCAUUGCUUGAGGCUAGCAAUUUACUGGUUCUUAAGGGAGGUUCUGUGAUACAAUCAAAUGCAAAUCUUGGUGUUCAUGGACAAGGUUCAUUGAAUUUGACUGGAGCUGGGAAUAUUAUAGAAGCUCAGCAUCUGGUUUUAUCAAUAUUCUGCUGUAUCAGUGUUGAACCUGGAUCUGUGCUCCGAGGUCCAUUAGAGAACACAACUAAUAAUCACCUGUCAAAUUGUGAACUUGAGGUUUGCCCCAUCGAACUAAUUCACCCGCCUGAAGAUUGCAAUGUGAACUCUUCUCUGUCCUUCACUCUUCAGAUUUGUCGAGUUGAAGAGGUAUUUGUUGAAGGUUCGAUUGAAGGAUCUGUUGUUCAUUUUCAGUGGGUCCGGACUGUAGUUAUCCAACCUUCUGGAGCUAUAACUGCUUCUGGGCUAGGCUGCAUCGGUGGGGCGGGUAAAGGAAAAUUCUUAAAUGCAGGUCCUAGUGGUGGUGGGGGACAUGGUGGGAGAGGUGGGAAUGGAUACUUCAACGAUAGUAUGAUUGUGGAUGGUGGGCUUACUUAUGGCGAUCCUGAUUUUCCGUGUGAGCCUGGCAGUGGCAGUGGGAAUGAUAGUCUGGGCGGUGCAACUGCAGGUGGUGGUAUCAUAGUGAUGGGGUCAUUGGAGCACUCUCUGUCAAGUUUGUACAUCUAUGGCUCACUCACUGCCGAUGGAGAAAGCUAUGGACAAAAUAUUAGAAAGCAAGAUGUCAACUAUAUCACUGAGACUAGCCCGGGUGGUGGAUCUGGUGGAAGUCUACUUCUCUUUGUUGAUAGACUGGCUCUUGGUAAUUCAUCCUCCAUGUCAACCGUUGGAGGCCAUGGUAGUCCAAAUGCUGGUGGUGGCGGCGGGGGAAGGAUUCAUUUUCAUUGGUCAGAUAUUUCCGUCGGGGAUGAGUAUCAAUCUGUGGCAAGUGUAAAUGGAAGCGUUAAUAUUGGAGGAGGAGUUGGUAGAGGUAUGGGCCAACCAGGGGACAAUGGGACUAUCACUGGGAUAUCCUGUCCAAAAGGGCUAUAUGGUAUUUUUUGCGAGGAAUGCCCACUUGGAACCUACAAGAAUGUCAGCGGGUCUGAAAGAGCUCUUUGCUAUGAUUGCCCCGCUCUAGAGUUUCCACAUCGUGCUAUUUUUACCCCUGUUCGAGGUGGUGUUACUGAUAUUCCAUGCCCAUACAUGUGUGUUUCUGAGAAAUACCAUAUGCCUCACUGCUAUACAACAUUCGAGGAGUUGAUAUAUACUUUUGGAGGACCAUGGCUAUUUGGUUUCAUGCUCCUAAGUUUGCUCAUUCUUUUUGCUUUUGUACUUAGUGUUGCUCGUGUAAAAUUUAUUAGUGGGGAUGAGUUGCCUGGCCUUGUUCCUGCUCGACGUGGCUUGCAAUUAGAUCACUCGGUUCCUUUUUUGGAGUCACUGAACGAGGUUCUUGAAACAAAUAGAAACGAGGAAUCUCAAAAUCAUGUGCACAGGAUGUACUUCUUAGGAUCUAAUACUUUCAGCGAACCAUGGCAUCUUCCUCAUUCUCCUUCAGAGCAAGUAGCUGAAAUUGUAUAUGAAGAUGCAUUUAAUAGGUUUGCAGAAGAGAUUAAUAGUUUAGCAUCUUACCAAUGGUGGGAAGGAUCUUUUUACAGCAUACUUUCUAUCAUUGCCUAUCCAUUUUCCUGGACAUGGCUGCAGUGGUGUCGCAAAAAGAAAAUACAGCGACUACGUGAGUUUGUUAGAUCGGAGUAUGAUCAUGCUUGCUUGCGCUCAUGCCGUUCCCGUGCUCUGUAUGAGGGCCUUAAGGUCUCUACAACUUCUGAUAUGAUGCUUGCAUAUGUGGAUUUUUUUCUCGGUGGAGAUGAGAAGAGAGAUGACCUUCCUCCUCCACUUCAUCAAAGAUUUCCCCUCUCUUUAGUUUUUGGAGGAGAUGGGAGUUACAUGGCUCCUUUUGUUCUUCAUAGUGACAAUAUUAUAACCAGCCUCAUGAGUCAGUCUGUUCCCUCAACCAUUUGGUAUCGGUUGGUUGCUGGUCUAAAUGCUCAGUUACGCCUUGUGCGGUGUGAUCAACUGAAGUCAACUUUUUCACCAAUUAUCAGUUGGAUUGACACAUUUGCAAAUCCAACUUUAAGUACGCUACACAUACGUGUUGAUUUAGCUCGUUUUCAGUCUACUGCCUCUGGCUAUUAUCAAUUUGGACUGUUGGUUUCUUCUGUUACGAAUGAGUGGCCAUCAUCUUCAACUGGCAGGCCAUCAGGUUUACCUGAGGUGCAGUCAAGCUAUUUUUCUAGUCAUCGUAUUAGAGCUGAAGAGCUUAGACCAGAGUCCGAAUCUUUGAUUUCACAUAGAAGAGCAUCAGGAUGGAUUCUAAAUAGUAGUAGCUUACGAACACUUAGAGAGAACAUGUUGUGGUACCCUUUAUCUUUUGUUAUUUGCAACACCAAACCAAUAGGUCAUCAGGACCUCGUUGGGUUGGUGAUUUCUAUACUUCUUUUAGGAGAUUUUAUCCUUGUCUUGCUCAUGUUACUUCAGCUUUACUCUAAUUCUAUGGUGGAUUUCAUUUUGGUGUUAUUUCUUCCACCUCUGGGUAUACUUCUUCCAUUCCCAGCUGGGAUUAGUGCUUUAUUUAGUCAUACACCAAAGCGCUCUUCAGGACUUGCGCGUUUUUAUGCUCUGUGGAACAUCACAUCCUUGGUGAAUGUUGUUGUUGCGUUCGUAUGUGGAUAUUUUCAUUACAAGAAUCAAUUUCCACUCGACGACAAUAAUUCAACUGUUUUGUCGUGGAGCAUUAGCAUGGAUGAUGGCGGAUGGUGGAUGCUACCAUUUGGGCUCUUUCUGUGUAAAAUACUGCAGGCACAGUUAAUAGAUUACCAUGUUGCUAAUCAAGAAAUUCAAGAUCGAACAUUAUACUGUAAUGACCCCGACACUUUUUGGCAGUCAUAAGAAGCCACAACCCAAGAAUGAUUACACAAAUUUUUUUAACACUUUUAUGUUAGUCUUAGAAUCAACAACCCUUAAUACAACCACCUGCUGGCUUAGGUUUAGACCAGGGAUUAAUAGCUUGUGUCCUACCCCUAUAUUCUUUUUGUGACAGGGAUCUUAAAAUGUUAGAUGGCUAGGGUUUUGUUAAAAAAAUUUAUUCAUUUUUUUGCCCUCAUUUUGGUGUCAAAUUGAUCCUCGUUAUAUUUCAAACAUGUCAAUGUUUUUCUUUUUCGCUCUA